AUGCCUCAGAAAUAAUGUCAUAGCAUACCCGACAGAUUUCCCUAAACAAAAUUUCGUUCUGGCUCACGUUAAACACGUUAAAUGUUUGGGAUAUUCAUUUCAAAAUUAAAUACAAAAAUCCCGUGACACAGCCUUAAAAUGGACGCCUUGGUGCGUAUCAACCAGAUGUUCGAGAGCUUCCGGAGCGCGAUCCGGGACAAGCGGAGCGUGGAGCGCGGGCGGGCGGCGCCGCUGCUGCACGCGUUGGGCGGGGAGCUGGCGGCGCUGGGCCGGCGCGACCGCCCCGCCCUGCGCCGCGCCGCCGCCAUGCAGGCCUGCCUGUCCCUCCUCGCCGCCAAGAACCUCCCGCUGUCCCUCCUCGAGAAGCGAAACAUGCUCCAAGCAGCCUUCGACAAACUCAAACCGCACUACCUUAAAAAAGAGUGCCUCUUCAUCUUCCUCAGAGUUCAAAACCUCCUGUGCUACUACCUCAUCCAGCUAGACCAGCUGUCGCUCGCCCAAACCAUCCUCGAAAACAUGGAAACUUUGUACGAUAACAUCAAUAAGACUCAACCUUUCGAGUACGUGGACGCGGAGGAUCUGUUCACGCCGGCGCCCUUGGAAGACCUGCCGACGCUGGAUCCUGGCAAGAUCGACCAGCUCAUGACCAACAACAUCGAGAUGCAGGCGUUCCUGUACAACAAGCUGGGGUUACAACACAAGUAUGUGCUGUACAGCCACACGGCGCUGCGGCGACGGCUGGAGACCCGGGAUUGCGACCCAGUGGCGUGGGCCGUGCGCGCCGCCCGCCUGGCCCGACACUUCCUGUCGCUUCAGCAACUUGCCCCCGCGCGCCACCAUCUCUGCGCCGCCUACAAGUUGCUGCGCUCCUGUCGCGACCAGUCCAAGCUGCUCACCGACCAGCUCUCAACACAGCCCGACUUCGACGCCAACUUCCUCGAACUCUGCCACUACUGGAUCAAGUACGGACUCACCAUAUUCCAGCUAUCCAAGAAGAAGAUUCUGAACAAGCACUUCGGGGACAACCCGUCGCAGAUGGACUGGUGGAAGGCAGUGGAGCUGGACGAGAAGUUGCGGGGCGCGCCGUCUCUAGACCAGGUGAAGGAGACCACGGGCGAGGGCGAUGCCACCGCCGCUGACGAAAGCCUAUACCAGUUCAAAAGCCUGGAGCUUGAGGAGUGGGAGCGACCGGUCCCGCUGGCUCUAGUCACCAACAUGGACGAGGCUAAAAGACUCUUCGCCUUCACUCACAAGUGGGUGACUCGCGCGCGCCGCUACUGCGACCUGGACCAGAGCCCCUCACAGCACGUGUCCUGCAGCUUACAACUAGCUGAGCUAUACGAGCACCUGGCCUUCUUCGAGCGCGACGUGGACCGGCAGUACGGCAUCCAGAAGUGCCGCGCGGAGGUGCUGGAGUCUCUCCACUCCGUGCUGAAGACCUGUGACUCCACGGCUGCUCAGGUGGAGGUGAUCCGGGAGCUGUCGCAAGUGCAGCUGGAGCUCAUGGCUCUGAAUCUGCAGAAGCUGUGGAGGGAAGAGUCUCGGACGCAGUUGAACAGUGAGGUUGAGUCUGUGGUGCCGUCGAUGAGGUCGGGGGGUAGCGGGGCGGCGGGCGGGGUGCGGGGCGCGGGGGUGCGGCUGCGCGCGGCGGCGGCGCUCACGGCGCGGCUGAACAGACUCAGCGGACAGCUGGCCGACCCGCCGCGACCGCUCAGCCUCCACUCGACCAGGUCUAAGAGUGCAGACUCGUCCGUUUUGAACUAAAUUGUGAAAAUAUAUUGUAUCAC